UAUUAUUAUUGACCACUCUUCACCCCAUCCAUGUGCUUGGAGAACAAAGUGAGGGCAGGGUGAAGCGUUUGGGUUUUCAUUCGCAUUUCGCCCUGCGUCCCUUCAUCAGUCUUCCGGCGUUGUCUCGUCUCACAAAACGUUAAUUUUAAACUUUGGCGUUGUUUUCACUAAUAUUUGUUGUGGGGAGUGGCCAGUCUCCGAAAGAGUGGUUGGUUGUCCAAGUGACUCCAGGCUCUUCAGUGGCGACGUUUUCGUCCCAGUUCGACAGAACAAUACGCAAAAUGGACGACUACAAGCUCGACUUUAAACAUUUGGGCAGGUUUGAAAAGGCCUCGUCUCCAAAGAAGCUGACAUGUUUUACUCGCAUCUUUUGAAACGAAAUACUUGAAGAAGAUUGUUCAAUCUAGAGUAUUCUGUGGAAAAAAUGUUCGGGUUUGAGAUGCCGUGACUUUGAUAAACUUAUCCAUUUUUGACUUUUUGAAAUGCAUCUCUGAACAAAGGAUACAUUUGUAAAUUAUAAAAGUGUCCGUGUGAGCGUUUUUCCAGUGCUUUGCAGCAGAAGAGGAGUCAGCAUCAUGCAGGUGCACAUUAUACCUGGAUCGGUGAUGGAGUGGGGACUUUGUCUCUUUACGAUAUGGUUCUGUUGGUGGAAAUACGGGUGCAACGUGGACGUGAUCAAAAAGUUUCGCCAAAUGUACAAAAGAGUGGGCGCCGUUAUUAUGGAUUACUCCUCCGAACCUGGGACCAAAAGUUCUCUGGAAACUUCGGAGAUGAAGCAUUUCAUGAGAAUCCCCGUUUUCGGAACCAUAUUUCCGCCCAGGUCGAGACCCAAGGUGAAUGAAGAUGACGAGGCUGCAACCACAACGACGAGACGGCGCAGCUUUGGCGACUUGUUGGACAAUUUUGUGUCAGAGGAGUUGCUACGACCUUCGCAAGGGGCAUGUUUCGUGUGCGAUUCCCCAACUAAAACAAUUGUAAAGAAGGAGAUUGAGCAAGCCAAGCCAUUAACAAACUGUCUUGACUUUGAGGAAACCCGAGCCCCCCACAAUCCGUGGUAUGUCCGUCUCUUCUCGGACUUUUUAUUCUGGUGGAGAAAGUGGUACGUGGGUGAGCAGUAUCACGUCAUCUCCCUCAAGGAAGUGAUGGGAGAUGAACAGUUGAAAUGGGCAAUUACAGAAGCUGCCAUGCAAGAAUAUCGGGAAAAAGGAAACAAGGCCGAGCUGGAUGUUCUUAUCAAGAAGCACUAUUGCCAAGUGGAGGCUCUCAUUAAGAAAAUGAGGGCGAAACAACCGGCUCAUCCGUGGUAUGCGUUGUACGUCAGAUGGGCAUCCUGGAUAAUUGGGAAGUUUCUGGCGCAAAUCUACCCCCAAAUUUUAAUCCGCAACAGUCAAAUGAACUUGAUUCGGAAAGCGAGGAAGAGUGGACAUCCGAUCCUCUUCCUCCCCGUGCAUCGGAGUCACAUUGACUACGUCCUCAUAUCCUGGACGCUCAUCUGGGGCAGCAUGCGCACCCCGUGCGUCGCUGCUGGAGAAAACUUGAACAUUCCAGUUUUCAGCCUGAUGAUGAAAAGUGUCGGAGGAUUUUUUAUCAAGAGGCGAUUUGAGACGAAGGCAGGAAGCAAGGACAUGCUAUACAGCACUAUAAUCCAUUCGUACAUGCGAAAAACGCUCACAAACGAUAACGACAUGGAGUUCUUUCUGGAGGGAGGGAGGACGCGAACGGGGAAGCCGUGUCUCCCAAAGGGUGGACUUUUGAACAUUGUCAUGAAAUCACUUCUGGCUAAUGACGUGAAGGAUAUUCUCGUUGUUCCAGUCAACUUUAGCUACGACCGAAUAAUCGAGGGCAACUAUAUUCGCGAGCAGUUGGGACAGCCCAAAGUGAACGAAAGUUUCGCCUCUGCCCUUCUUGCCCUCUUCAGCUCCCUUAAACCCAAGUAUGGCAACGCAAGGGUGGACUAUGGACACCCCUUUUCCAUGAAAGAUUUUGUCAUGCGACAUUGUGCCGAGGAAGCAGCCCACGUUCCCAUCACGUGUAGCAGUAAUAGUAGCAGCAGUAGUGGCAUUAGCAGCAGUAACAGCAGUAUUUCUGGGUCAGAAAGUGGUAUGGAGAAAGGUGAAGAAUCAUUUACUGCGUCAACGGGUUUAGAGGGCUUAUCGUACAGCGGGCAGCGCAAAGUUGUCGAUGCUCUAGGUCGCCACGCCAUUUACGAAGGGAUCAAAUGUUACACGAUGACGUCCACCAACGCUAUUGCAUUCCUCCUCCUCAACAAGUUCCGGAACGGGAUAAGUCUCGACAGACUCAAGGGGGAAAUGCUGGCUUUGAAGGAAGAGUUGGUAGUAAGGGGACACGACUCUACGUUUACGGACGAGGACAUCGAAUCUGCUCUCAAUCACGGGGUGAAAGUGCUAGGCCCCUCUCUAAUCCGUGUCGAGUAUCACAGCGGAUCAAAAUUUUUGAGACCCGUCACCGGACUUCCGAACGUGAUCGAAUUGUCGUACUAUUCCAACUGUCUCCUUCCCAUUUACGCCAUGGAGGCCGUUAUUGCUACCGGUGUGUUCAAAUUGUUGGGUGAUACCUGUAAUAACAACUUUGAAACUAACGAGAAAUUACGAGAGACCGAAUUAGUUGCAACUUGUCUCGAAUAUGCGGACGUCCUGUACUACGAAUUCCUCCUCUGUCCUCCCUGCCAAUCGCUGGCCUUUGCCAUCAAAACGAAGAUAAAGUUUAUGUCGGAACAAGGAAUUUUUUCAGUGUCCUUGGACCCUGACGGGGAGAACUUGUUAGAAAUUCAGAGCUCAGGCUCCCUGAGCAGGCUGGUUUUCCUGAAAAACAUUCUGAGACCGAUUCUCGACGCAUACACGACCGCAUCGCACGUCUUCGUACGACUCGUGGAUCACGAGGCGGAGGAAAAAGUUUUACAAAUGGACAUGUUGGCCGAGAUUAAGAAGCAGUUACAAAAUAAAGCCAUUUUAUACGGUGAGUCGAUGGCCUUGGACCCGAUUCGCAACCUGGUCCAGCGAGCCGUGCAUUGGCGAGUGCUCGAGAGCCACAAGAAAGACUUGAAAAACAUUUAUUGUCUUCACGACGACUUCAACGGGAGGGACGCCAUUGAAGAUUUAAUUCUCCGGCUGGGAAAACUGAGAGUCUGAAACUAAAGUAUUAUUUUUAUUCUAGUUGUAACAGAAUCCAUUCGUACCUUUCGUUAUUUUUUACAAAACAUGUUUUUCCUUCUUCUUUUUUUGCCAAAAAUGUAGGCGGUAGAAAUAAUGAUGCUAUGACAAAUGAUGGUGUAGUGAUUGUUAUUUUAAUUUUACAAUUUAUGUAUAUAUGCUUAUACAUACUAGUUGGGGGAUCCAGAGGGUUAUUUGUACAUAAACAAAGUAAUUUUAAGCAAAGUUUUAUACGUUUUAAUGUAUGCCAUACACAGAUUUGUGACAAAUUUCAUUAGCUUUAAAGACAGUUUAGAUAUUAAAUAAUUAAAUUUAGUACAACUAAUUCAUAGGUAUAUCAUAUGCAUACGGUAAGUAAUAAGUAAAUACAUCCUAUUCUAUGUAGAAAAUCUUGGGUAGGGUAAGUAUACUCUGUGUCAUAAUAGUUUUAUGUAGUUAGUUAGUGAAUGAUAUUCGCCAGGUUGUUGCCAAACUUUCAAAAUACUAAAUACUACCAUAAUUAUGUAUCCUCUACUUAAAGUUACUAUGUAUAAAGGUAAGCAAACUUGUAAAUCAUAAAUAUAUACGAUUUGUUUAAGCUGCUUAUUGUGUCACCGGUUGCAUUCAUCAAGCUGAUUGUCUCUGCUGUUGUUACUUCUAAUAAAAUAUUAUCAUUAUUCUAAAA